AUGCUAUGCCCGCCAUUAUUUAAUCAGGCUAGAAGCUUACUACAGUGGUUCUUAUACCUCUCCCCGGGUACCCCCAGCCGGUCCAAAUCUCUCCUCAGGGACCCCCAACCGGUCCAAAUCUCUCCGCAGGGACCCCCAGCAGGUCCAAAUCUCUCCUCAGGGACCCCCAGCCGGUCCAAACAUCUCCUCUGGGACCCCCAGCCGGUCCAAACAUCUCCUCGGGGACCCCCAACCGGUCCAAACAUCUCCUCAGGGACCCCCAGCCGGUCCAAAUCUCUCCGCAGGGACCCCCAACCGGUCCAAAUCUCUCCGCAGGGAACCCCAGCCGGUCCAAAUCUCUCCUCUGGGACCCCCAGCCGGUCCAAAUCUCUCCUCAGGGACCCCCAGCAGGUCCAAAUCUCUCCUCAGGGACCCCCAGCAGGUCCAAAUCUCUCCUCAGGGACCCCCAUCCGGUCCAAACAUCUCCUCAGGGACCCUCAGCCGUUCCAAACAUCUCCUCAGGGACCCCCAGCCGGUCCAAACAUCUCCUCAGGGACCCUCAGCCGGUCCAAACAUCUCCUCAGGGACCCCCAUCCGGUCCAAACAUCUCCUCUGGGACCCCCAGCCGGUCCAAACAUCUCCUCGGGGACCCCCAACCGGUCCAAACAUCUCCUCAGGGACCCCCAGCCGGUCCAAACAUCUCCUCAGGGACCCUCAGCCGGUCCAAACAUCUCCUCAGGGACCCCCAGCCGGUCCAAACAUCUCCUCAGGGACCCUCAGCCGGUCCAAACAUCUCCUCAGGGACCCCCAGCCGGUUAA